AAAACAGAGGAAGAAGAACAAUCUGAAGAAGCUCAGGCUCCUGUUUCCUCUUUCUCUACUUAGAUCUUUGAUCUGAAUUCUCCACAGAGAUAAGACUCAUCGACUUUAAAUCAAGAAAAGGCGCAAGAUUCGCAUGCCACAAGGAGAAAAUGAACAAGUCAAGCUCGUGGAGCAUAUACAGUUCUAGAGAUGGAGAAAGUGAAGGGCCAUGGAGAUCAUCAACGUCGAUGAAUGCGAUCUCAUUUGGGUUUGUAGCGACGGCGAUACUCAUCUCCAUGUUCUUGAUCAUGGCCAUAUUCGAGCAUCUCUUUAGGCCUGAGAAUUCUUCAUUUGAUUCACCACAUCAGAUCAGACAAAGACAGAGAGAUGGGUCCAGUCAGUUCCAGAAACUUGCUGAUCAGGCAUCAAUGGUUCCGGUGAAUACGGUGGUGGAUGUGUCGGUAGUGAUGCCAGGGGAGAAGUUGCCGUCGCACAUAGCUUUGCCGGCUCCAGAGGCUAUGGCGUCGACGGCGAAGAAUUUGAAGGGUUUCUACAAGCAGACUAAAAGCAAUAUCAACGGAGGUAUCUCCAAGUCCAAGCCUUCUUCCCGGAAAGUCGCUCCCAAACACGCGGCGGCUCAAGGUUCUGAUGUUACCCAGCCCGCCGCAUUGAUUUCACACGGCUCCCUCGAUCUCAACGAGGAUUAUGACAAGGAGGAGGAGAUGCUUAGACAAUUUGACAUGAACAUCGCUUAUGGUCCUUGCUUGGGUAUGACAAGACUUGAUCGAUGGGAGCGUGCUCUGCGUCUUGGAAUGAAUCCUCCCAAUGAAAUCGAGAAGCUUUUGAAAACUGGGAAAGUUCAGCAAGAUUGUCUGUGGCAAGGUCGUGUCUAGACGAUGUUCUUUAAUCCUUUAUCUUGCCCUUGUAUGAUCCAGUAUAUGAGUUGCAUAACCUUGUCUUUUGUUUAUUGUGGUUGGGAUGUUUGGUUCAGCCUCUGGCUGGAUCCACCCACACGUAGUGUCCUCGAUGUUUCUAGUCUCGGACGAUAAUGUUAAAACU